UUGUUGGAUUCUGCGCUUGUCUGGCUUGGUUUGAGAAAGUUAUUACUUACUCGAAUUUGGGUGCAUAAUUUAGGGUGAAUAUUUAUCAGUGGAGUCGUAACUUUAGCAGAGAGGGCUUGUGCUCUGUAUAGAACCCAAUUGGGUUCACACACCACAACCCACCACCCCCCCCCGUCUUAGUGGGAUGAAUCACAAUCCUGAAUUGAGGGCAAUUGUAGGAUUUUGAUUGUUUGGUUUUUAAAAUUGUUUGCGAGAAUCAUGAUUCUCUAUUGAUAGUAUGAGAUUCUGAUGAGUGGAAUUUCCGCUGUUUUGAAAUCUUAACAAUAUUCGAUUCGACAAGUGUAAAGUUCAGUUUUUUUUUUUACGUUUCUUGAACGUGUGAAUUGGGUUUGUAUUCAUUCAUCUAUUCAUUAUGUGAGACAUCAAUGCAAGUCUUUUCUGCGGCGUGCUAUUUUUGGUUUUUGGUAUUGUUAUCUCCUGUUUGCGUUUAAUUUCACCAGGCUGGGUUGCGCACUCUAUUAUGGAAAACUUUCGAUUACUUGCUCAUUGACUGUAUUGUGUUUGUCAUAAUAAAUGGAUAAACAAGCAUGCAUAAGCUAUGUCUUGAGACAAAUUUUAGUGAUUACUGAUUUUUCCUCAACGUAACAAUAAAACACUAAACAUAAUGUAUUCGGCUAAAGCAAAGUUUGAGCUUAUCAUAAAAGCAUGGUUUCAAUGAAGGUCAUCUUGCUGAGUUUAAAAGUUCUAUAGAGGUUACACGCUUUAGCUACUGAAGGUUCUGGAGAUGGAAGAGGAGGGUCACAAGGUUUCCCUGAAUGUGUAUGACUUAAGCCAAGGAAUGGUUCGUCAGCUCUCCACUGCAUUUUUGGGAAGAGCUAUUGAAGGGAUAUGGCACACAGGAGUAGUAGUUUACGGCAAUGAAUACUAUUUUGGGGGUGGUGUACAGCAUUCUCUUGCUGGAAAAACGCCCUACGGAACCCCAAUCAGAGUUGUAAAUCUUGGUGUCACACAUGUGCCCAAGGAUGUUUUCGAAAUGUAUUUGCAGGAGAUUAGCCCCCGUUACAGUGCUGGAACUUACAAUUUGCUCUCUCAUAAUUGCAACAAUUUCAGCAACGAGGUUGCUCAAUUUUUGGUGGGAGCAACUAUUCCAGACUUUAUCUUGAACCUCCCUAAUGAAAUUAUGAGCAGUCCAAUGGGUGCUGUUAUAUUGCCUAUGAUACAGCAACUGGAGACAACAAUGAGAUCAGGUGCCGUACCCCAUGCCCCGCAGUUCCUGCCACCUACACAAGUCCAGACAUCCCAGCCAACAGUUACCACCAAAAAAUCCGCGGCUAGUAGUGGAUAUAAGUCAUCCACAACACAAGCAGAGGCCAAGGAGGGUAAAGGCAAAGUGAAAUCUGAAGACCAAGGCAACGUGGUGCCACCGGCCAUCAAACCUUCUGGAGCACAGGAGUCGUCACCCAUCAAUAGGGUUGAAGGACGUCUUGGGGAUGCCCGAAGCAAGGUGCAAGAGGAGAUCAGCAAAGAAUUUGCUGCAAUUAUGGCAACUGGGACUUUACGUGCUAGUGAGGCUGCAGCGCUUGCCACCCGAAGGGUGAUGCAAAGAUAUACGCGUACAAAUGUUGCACAGAGCUAAAGUUUGGAGGGAUUUCGUUUACUCAAGAGUAGCUCAACUGUGACAUUUAUAUUGUUGGUUUUCAUGACCCCUGGAAAUUAUUGAGAUAAAUUUAUACGAGUGCAACUGUCUCUGGCCUGAUUGGCAUCAAUCCAUACUAUGAGAUUAACUUUAUCCCUUUGCCACCCUACUUAUGUUGAAGAACGCUGAUAUUCGAUCUUCUUGCAUUGUUAUUUCAGAAAGAAAGGCAUACUUAUUCAAGUUA